UUCCCCACCACUUAAGCGCCCCCUACACCCCACACAACCAUCACGACCUAACGGUUCUUCUCGCUUUCUUCCUUCUGACGCUUGAUUCCAGCUACCACAAUUUUGCCCAAAAACCGAUCACCGCCAAUUCGCAAUUUAGCGGCUAAUUCGCAGACUUUACCAUCAUCCCCACUGCGUGACUAAAGCCCGUCUUGGCGUCACCAUAACGAUGGCCGGUAGUGGAAACCAAGCUAACAGUAAGGUGGACAUGCAGAUUUUCCUAUGGGGCACAGGUGAACAAAAAGCUCCCAUUUUUCGCCCGUAUACAAUUUACAGAUACAAAUGGUUUUAUGUCGCCGUGCCUCAGUGGGGUAAACGCGACGUUAUUGUCGGGUAAACACGGCUUUAUUGUCUAAGACUGAUAAACAAGACUGUAAUCGGGUUGGUUACCUCAUCACGAACCCACACUUCAGUGAAAAAGCAAAAAUCAAGUGCUAAUUGGCGAGGUUAGUGUGCACAGAUACCGGAAAAAAUCUUAUCAGUGACACAUCGAAACCAAUCGUUGUGGUGACCGUUGCCCAAAGUUCACGCUAGUUCAUGAAAUAUGCAUUGUGAUUCACUUGUGUGGUAAAAACAGUUUAACUUGUGACAAUAGUUCAUUGUUUUGUGUGCAGUGUUGGUGGAAAAAAUCGCCCACGUGGAAGUGAAAUAUCGUUAUUGAUCUCAAAAUGUCACUUCUAAAACCUCUUCUCCUUCUCUCCUUUCUUCUAACAACCACCGCUCAAGACAUGUACCUAGAAAAAAUACUAGCUGAACUAGAAAUCGCAACCCUAGAAUUACAAGACGAUUGUGAAAACGUAGCAAUAGCGCACAAAUCGUCCCUACUUACAAACAAUUACACCGAAAGGAACGAAGUACAAAAAAAGCGCGCCAAACUUUUAAAAACCGUAUCUGAAACUUUGAAGCCUCUGGAAGAAGACGUCCCGCCGGAGUUUCUGCGCAACUGGACCCUCCUAGUCAACCCCGGAGACGCCCUACUCCCGGAAAAAGACUGGAGUACUCUUGUGGAUUAUGAGGUUGGCACCGACGAGCUGGUGCACACAGCCGCGGUUCAUUGCAAGAACGGGACUCAAGGUUGCGUUCUAGUGAAAAAAGGUUAUGGCGAGAUUCUGAGAAGUUCUAGGAAUCAGAGUUUGUUGAAAAAAGGGUGGAGUGCGUGGCAGACCCUAUUGGCUAGAAAAAAAUCGGAGUUUCCGGGGGUGUUGAAACUGUUGAGUGACGCUGCAGCUCGAAAUGGGAAGGAGGAUCCAAAGUCGUACUGGGAGAUGUUAGCGGAUAAGGAGGAUGCGUACCAAUUAGCAGACGAGCUUUGGAAUGAAAUAAAACCAAUUUAUUUUAAGUUGCAGGAGUUUGUAAAAACACGACUAUUUCGUUUUUAUAAUAUAAGCACUAGCGACUCAGAAAUUCCGGUGUAUUUAUUAGGUUCGAAUUUUGGCGAUGAUUGGAGUGCAGUGGCCCCGAUAGUCCUACCACACCCCCAAUUACACUACUUAGCGGAAGCCUACUUAAACAAAACGAAAAUCCAAAACGUCUACAAAGUGGCUGAACAACUCACCCAGAAUCUCUCUCUAGGAAGUUUGGGGUCCGACUUUUGGUCCAACAGCCUCUUCAAUAUGUCAAUUUGCGAAAAUCACGUGCUCAGUUUCUGCGUGGAACAACACUCCGAGUUGUUCACUUGUGAUAAAACCACUUGGUCGUCGUAUUUGGACGCUUUCGAGGUUGCAAUAGACGUGGCUUUACGAAAUAUGGACUACUUGAACUUAGCACGAUCCGACUUAAGAUACUGUGUGGUGGAUGAGGCUGUUAAAGGACUCGGGUCGGUUUUGGGUGUCAAAAAUUUAAGAAAUAAAGUCUGGGGUCGUAGUCUCUUCGAAAAACAUGACUCAGAUUUGCAGAAUAACGACAUGACGGAGUUGCUUUUAAUCGCUUUGAGGGUUCUACCGAAAUUACCGUUCUACUUAGCUGCGGAUAAAUGGAGACUGCAGUUGUUAGAGAACGGGUUUAGCGACAUGGAAAAGCAGUGGUGGAACUUUCGGAAAGAAUAUCAAGGUGUUGCGGGAGUUUUCAACAACGAGAGCGACUUCCUCAGUGACCCAUUCAUAACAUCCAACAAACCUUACUUGAGUAAGUUCUUAGGGACCAUUCUCGAGUUCCAAUUCCUCGACUACUACAAACCCGACUGGCAAACCCCCAAUCAAACCAUCGCUGAAAACAUAGCCAACGACGAAAACUUCCGAACGAUGCUGCAUGAACGAUCUGUCACAGACUGGCCUCUUUUGAUAGUCAACAACCACGGCUUCUACGACUUAUCAGCAACCCCGCUUGUGGACUUCUUCGCCCCUUUGUUGUCGUAUCUAGAAUCAGCGCCUGUGGAGCAAGUUAUAGUAACAACACCUAAGACCACCACGACCACCAAGCGCGUCGAACUUCACCCGAAAGCCCUAAAUACUGCGACUAUUCAAACUGUGAAUAAAAAAGUCGUGGAGGAGGAUACAGAACCGCCGCUGCCUCCGAAGCACGAACACGUCGAAGAAAAUCAAGAAGGACCGAAUCCCGCAAUGGAGACCAUUGGCAUGUACGUUGGUCUAGCGCUACUGGGGGCGGUGGUCGUACUAAUCGUGUUUGUGGUGGUUUCGAAGCAAAUGAAACGAAAACGGACUAAUAAUAGGCGGUUUGAAACGUAGAGACGGUGUAUAGUAAUGUGUGAAGAAUUAAUUUAUUAUGAUCAUUGUGACUGUGUGUUGGAGAUUGUGGAAGAUUUGAAUUGAAGAUGUCUCAAUAAAUUUACACAAAUUUA